UGGCGCUCAGCUGGGGCUGCUUGGUGUAGGGCUGAGCUGGUGCAGAUUGGAGAGCUCGAGGCGGACAGAGCCAGGAGGCCUGAGGGGAGCGGCGAGCGCACCCCUGGGCGUCGGCCGCCGCGAUGUCAGCGCAGUGUUGUGCGGGCCAGUUGGCCUGCUGCUGUGGGACUGCCGGUUGUUCCCUCUGCUGCGACUGCUGCCCCAAGAUCCGACAGUCCCGGGGCACCCGCUUCAUGUACGCACUCUACUUCAUCCUGGUUGCCAUCCUCUGCUGCAUCAUGAUGUCUACGACUGUGGCCAAUGAGAUGAAAGAGCGCAUUCCUUAUUUCGAAGAUAUCUGUAAAGGCAUUAAAGCUGGUGACACCUGUGAGAAUCUGGUGGGGUAUUCUGCAGUGUAUAGAGUCUGUUUUGGAAUGGCCUGUUUCUUCUUUAUUUUCUGCCUCCUGACCUUGAAAAUCAACAACAGCAAAAGCUGUAGAGCCUAUAUCCACAAUGGCUUUUGGUUCUGUAAAUUCCUGCUGCUGGGGGCCAUGUGCUCAGGAGCUUUCUUCAUUCCAGACCAGGAGACCUUUCUGAAUGCCUGGCGCUAUGUGGGAGCCAUUGGAGGCUUCCUCUUCAUAGGCAUCCAGCUCCUACUGCUCGUGGAAUUUGCACACAAAUGGAACAAGAAUUGGACUGCAGGCACAAAGACCAACAAGCUGUGGUUCGCCGCUCUGGCCCUGGUGACCCUCGUCAUGUACUCUGUUGCCACCGGAGGUUUGAUUUUGAUGGCAGUGUUUUAUACACAGAGAGAUGGCUGCACAGAAAACAAAAUUCUCCUGGGAGUAAAUGGAGGGCUGUGUCUGCUUAUAUCACUGGUAGCCAUCUUACCCGGGGUCCAAAACCGACAGCCAAACUCUGGGUUACUGCAGUCAGGUCUCAUAAGCUGCUAUGUCACCUAUCUCACCUUCUCAGCUCUCUCCAGCAAACCUGUGGAAGUAGUUCUAGAUGAACAUGGGAAGAACAUUACCAUCUGUGUGCCUGACUUCGGUCAGGACCUGUACAGAGAUAAAAACUUAGUUACUGGACUGGGAACCGCUGUCUUGUUUGGGUGCAUCCUAUAUUCAUGUCUCACAUCAACAACAAGAUCAAGUUCUGAUGCUCUGCAGGGGCGCUAUGCAGCUACUGACGUGGAGAAAGCUCGGUGUUGUUUUUGUUUCGGCCCUGAUGGAGAAGACACCGAAGAGCAGCAGAAUGUGAAAGAGGGCCCACGAAUCAUUUAUGACGAGAAGAAAGGCACCGUCUACAGCUACUCCUAUUUCCACUUUGUGUUCUUGUUGGCUUCUCUCUAUGUGAUGAUGACUGUCACCAACUGGUUCAACUAUGAAAGUGCCAACAUUGAAACCUUCUUCAGCGGGAGCUGGUCCAUCUUCUGGAUCAAGAUGGUCUCCUGCUGGGUGUGCGUGCUGUUAUACCUGUGGACUCUGCUGGCUCCCCUCUGCUGUCCCUCUCGGCAGUUCUCCGUGUGAGGAUGGGAGCCAUCCCCUUAGAUCAGCAGGCCUACAGGCUAGAAGGGACAUCUUUGGAACAAGUGCCCAGGGGCCUGGGCAGUGACUGGCACUUUUCCAAAAGCUGGCAUCCCCUGGCUGGCUUGGGUAAUGUGAAGAAGUUCUGAGAAACAGAUCUAGUUAGCUUUUUAAUUCUGAAAUUUGAAAAGAGAUUACCAGUUUGUCCCAGAAGAACUGAAAUUUUCAACCAAAGUAACCAUGAGUGAUAGAUAAUAUAUUUUGUAUGUGUCUUACCCCUGAAGAACUGGGAUUAUAGUUAGGCUAGUAUGAUCUUACCAAAACAAGAGUUUGGGGCAAAACAUCUUAUCACAAAUAUAAAAACUUACCUGGGUGGCCUGUCAUUCUUAUUCUUGGAACAGAAAAACACACCUAUGUCUUGAACCCUUGACCCCUGACAGAAUGCAGACCCUCCUCAUAUGCCUCAGCCUGGAGCCUAGAUCCAGCAGGUCUAGUCUGUAGACAGCACUCAGCCUGCAGGACUUGCUUGCAGCCCCCUGGUGUUUAUAGGGUACAAGAGGAAGCAAAUGCUUUUAACUCCACCCUUGUGCUAUUUCCCUUUGAAGUUGUGAUGCUGGAAUCAGAGGCUUCUAUGGGUUCUCUCAGAGGUCCCCUUGUCUUUUCUGGGUUCUGCAUCUUUGUUAUAAUGUGAAAAAGCACAAUUUGCCAUCACUACCUGUGUGGUCCCCCACAUAUUAACACUACCUGAUCUGAGUUAUUGCCGUAAUUGUGACUUGUUAUUUGUGGUGUAAUUCAUGUAAUGAUAGCACAAUAUCCAUGUUGUUUUCUUUGCCUAAACCUAGAGGGCUAUUGUUCUUGUUUGUGCUGUUAAUGAUAUUUGACUGAAGCUUGCCUGUCCCCCUGUUCCAUUGUCGAAGGCUAGCCUCCGGUUUCUCUUCCACUAUUGUGAAGUUCUACAAGCAAAAGGGCUUUUGUUUUCCAGAUGUAUAAUGUGACUACACUACAAACUACACUACAAACAUGUGUCUACACUACAAACAUCCAUUACGGGGUUUUGGGGGGGAAGUAUAUUUGAGGUGAGGCUUCCACAUAGUAUUUCAUAUAGGGCCAACCAAGCAAGGUCUGUUAUACAAGUUGUGGAAGUUACCAGAUGUACCUAGAAGAGAAGGUGUAUGGGUAAAGGUAAUGAAUUAAGCCAUAACAUCCAUGGAAUUUCCAAAAUACGUAUUUGUAAAGUAAUACUCCCUAGGCAAUUGUUUAAGAUGUCCAUUUCAGUGUUGAUGUUUUCCAUCAGGGAAGAGUUUACUCAGUGGAUAGUCCACUAAAGACUCCAGUAGAGACAUGUGGGGACACCCCUGUUAGUAUUUCAUGCAGGCUGGAAAGAAUCUGCUCACAAUCCUCAAGAGGGGGUGUAAGAAGGAGACUUGGCCUGCACUUUCUGUGCCCUGCUGUAUGGGGUGGGCAGAAUUGGAUGCCACCUAAGCUGGGCUCCUGUGUGCCAAAAUGCUGGUGUUCCUAAUUAUUCAUUUCUGCUGCUUUGCUCUUCUCAGAAAACAGAAUGAAUGACUUCCUCUAGGAACUGCCUUAUUUACAGUGUUUGUGCUUCCGUUUUAAAAGGCGCUCAUUAUUUGUAUGUCCAAGAAUCUUGUUUAUAAACAUUAUCAAAUUCCUUUUUAAGAUCAGAAACUGAGUUCUACAGCUUAAAGAUCAUCUAGCCAUACAUUUAUAGCCACCAAGAACAGUCUUUGCUUGAUCCAGUGCAAGCAGGAAUUCUGUGGGUCACGGCAGGUUUUGGGAAUGGGGUUGUGAGGGUAGCAGCUCCCCGGCAGAGGUUGAUGCAAUGAGGGGACUCUAGGUAAGCCAACGCUGGCUGGCAAAUCAAGAGCCAUGGUGGGGUCAGUAAUUAGCUUCAUUAUGUUGUCUUCCUGUUGGCAUCCAGCUUGGUCUGGCAGCCAGCUGCGUGAUUUAAGAACUGCCCCUGACAGCAGGUCCAGGUCAAGCUGACAAGACCCUGUAUUUCCUGGUUAACCUUUGUUGACCACACACACACACACACACACACACACACACACACACACACACACGUCAGGAAAACACAAGGGACCCAGGUGGUGCUGGUGACAGGCGUGGGGUAUCCUUUUCUACACAGCCCAUAAUUUCCAGCUACCUAAGACUUGGUGUGUGGCCUUAAGUUUCUUUCUGGAGUUUGGGUUCCUGAUAGAAGAGGAAGAGUUCUAGUCACCCUGAUUUUUCUUCUUAACUGAGUUUUAGGCAAGUUUAUCUAAAUGAAGGAGAGCAAUGUGGGUAUACUGUUGAGAACAGAGGGUAUAUCAAUAAGAAGUUGACUUUAAUGAUUAUUAAUUAUAAUAAAUAAUACUCAGGUGAUGAGUCAACAUUCAUGCGUUCAAAGAACUACAUUUUUGUGCUAUUAUGGUUUCAGAAACUGGAACAAUUGUGCCAUUUGUUUUGAGUUACUGUUACGAUGGUGUUCGUUUGAUAUAGUCACUGAUAACCUUUUUAAAAUAAUAGAUUUUUGCUUCCUACCCUUUUUGUACAAGAUUUAAAAAAUGCAUUCCAAAGGCGCAUUCCUAGAAACCGUUAGUCAGAGAGUCCUUUAGCGAUGAAAGCUGAAGAUUUUUUUAAAUUGUACAUCCAUUCCCUUUGUGCUGUUCAUCCAAUGCGGAAACUCCUUCCCUCUUAUUUUCACGAAUGACAGCACUCUCAGCGAGGGGACAGACCCUUCUGGGAGCAUUCCUCUAUACCUAGACAUGCCAGCUGAUGGAAGACCACAGACUUCAAAAACCCUUCUUUGGUUAUUGUUUUUAUAAUACUGGUUAGUUCGUUUUGGUUUUGUCCUCACAGUUUCUGGGGAAUGGCUUGAAGGAAUUGUUUGCCACCCAUAUGUGGAGCUCUUUUGUAGAGUAACAGUCAGUGUGCAUGUGAACUGUUCAGAGGGUGAGGUUGCUGGAGCUUUAGGGUUCUGGUGCCCAUCAGGAGUGGUCAGCCUGGAGGUGCCCACACGACAUUGCUUAUUUCCAGUUCCUCAGAAAAUGCUUAAUUAUGAAUUAAUCCAUGUAGUGCUAAUUUCUCCCCAAAUUGUUACCCUCUACCUUUUUAAGAAUAUGUGCUUAUUUAAUUUUAGCCAGAAGUUUACCACCAUUGGUGCUUCAUGUUUUAUCCUACAAGGGAAUUCGAGGACCUGCUUGAGUCUUUUUUUCUCUCCUUAUUGCCUUUCAAGAUGGCAUUUUCUUUUUGAUGUGUGCCGUUCCUCUUGGAAAUGAAAUAGGAAUUAACCUACAACUAAGGGUGUGACCAGGGACUGAGACCCUGCACAUCUGGAAGAACACUGGACCAUCCUUCAUCAGGGACAGUGCAAUCAGUAGCCACUUGGCUCAUGGGAUUCUGGAAUUCUCUGUAGGAUGAUUUCCAUAAUUUGCUAAUUGAACUAACUCCCUAGGACUUUGAUCUUAAGGCCACCCUGUUUCCUGCCAUCUUUAAUCGAUUUGUAAAGCCUCAGACAUUUUAAAUCUAGCAUUGCAUUUCUGGCAGAGAUGGGACCUCCCUCAACAGGACUGGAGAGCUGUUUACACAGGUCUUUAGAACUAACAUUCUAAAGAUCUUUCUCUUUUUCCUUAGUAAAUCAUCUGCAGAGGCAUCAUUUUGAAAGGGAGAAGUAUUGGACUUUUUUACCAAAGAGUUGUUUUUGUUUUGUUUUACUUUUAAAACAAAACCCUUUCAGAAAAAAACUUAAUCAUGGAAAGACAUAUUAAGCAUACAGAUGCCCAAAUCCAUUUUGUCAGGAGUUCAAUCAUAUUUGUGAGUAAAAUGAUGGAAGAGGUUUUUUUUAAGGUAAUCCUUUUAGGGUAUGGGUUCCUGGGAGAGUCUCUCAGGUAAAGAAAGCUUCAGCUGUGGUGUAAUAUAUGUCUUGAGAGCUAUUUAUAAGAAAUUUAAGAGGAUUGUUUUGUUGUCCUUUAUUAAAGAUUUAAGGUUUUUUACUUUGCAAAAAAAAAAAACUAUAAAAGUUCUAUAGUCAUAACUUUGUUAAUUUUUUAAACUUUUCUGAAAUCAUUAGCUAUAGCCAAAUUUUGUGGUUAAGUUUUGCUAUAUAAGAAUUUGAAAAUGUAAAUCUACUGUUUGAAAUUUAUAAUAGUCUUGGAUAUAUUUAGAGUUUUUGGUAACUUUGAAAAAUAGUUAUUUUUCCCCCUUUAGUCACGAAGGCAACUAUGGAUUUAUAUUUGUUUUUGAAUGCUAAUUUUUCUAUAAAGCAUUGAAACUUGACCAGUCUUUUCUUAUGUAGAAAACUCAAAACUUGUUAACUCUGUACUUUAAUAAAAUUGGAAAUCACUUUGGUUUUUUUUUUUUU